CUCAAAGCAGCCGUCGCAAGGUGGAAUGUCCAGUUGUGCAAAAGUUGUGCAUGAAAUUGCGAUGCAGGUGCAGUGAGCGCUGAUCAAGCAAUCCUAAGGAUCGUUCCGGAAAGGGCGUUCUAACAAAACCCGUAGCCUUUAUUCUACAACAUGGUGAAUUACACGUCCACGCCGCGGCACAUCCACUUCUACGACAUUCACGAUGACGACCGGUACCCGCGCACCGCCCGCAAGCAGCAGCUCCACCGGUGGGACGCGCUGCACAGCAUGAAAUGGGUACCGUACCAGGACAGUGGCCCGCUACCGCCCAGUGCCGUCGAGUGUGGCAACAGCAAGCGCACGAAGCUGUACCUGGGCCGGGCCGAACAUGCCGGCUCGGUCACGCCCGGUUUCAUCAACCCGGCCAAGAAGGUGUGCUACAUUCCGUGGGGCGGCAAGGCGCACGAGAAGAAGGUGUGCGAGAUCCUGUGCACCGCCGGGGAGUUUGUGCCGUGCACCGAGACGAACGUGCUGCUGCGGGCAACGCCGGCCGGUGUGUCCGAGCAGGGCGAACCGCUGUACAUCGGGCGGGUAGCGGUGGACGGGCAGCUGGUCUGCGGGAAGGUGCAGCGAUCGCACUCCGUCUGCUACAUACCGUACAACAGGAAGGAGGAACCGCACGUCAACUUUGAAGUGUUCAUCAAAUCUCAGCAGUGAAACACGGCACCGACUGGUACAUAGAUAUAUUAUACUCGUGCGGCGACGAUGUCGGUGACGAAUUACGCUUAAGGGGGCGGUGGCGUUGGCCCAUGCGAUGCGAUUUUAACGGACGAAAUUUAUAUGGGAUUUGACCGAUAAUGUCGGGCGUGCGAUUUCGUCGUACGACGGAAUCAAAACUCCUUGAUUCCGUCGGAUCGUCGCAUCUGAUCUUAUCUGUCAUCGUAAUUGUGUAAGUUAUGUAGGAACAGUAUCAG